GAAGAAAAAGCCUCCCUAAACCAAAACCAAAGCAACAAAAACAAAACUGUAGAGAGAGAAAGACGAAAGAGAAAGGAAAAACCUUACUGGUUGAGGAGAGAGAAAGAAAGAAAGAGUGGUCUUAGUUAUUGUGUGUAUUUUUUUUUUUGGAAAGACUUUAUAGCAAAAAAAAUGGUGAAGAUUAUUAGACAUCUCUUCUCUUCUAUACCAAAAAACAACACCAUAAUUCUUCUUCUUCUCUUCUUCUAUUUCUCUUAUUAUUAUUCUCUCUAUCCUAAAAAAAUUUACCCUUUUUUUCUCUAUAUUUGCCAAUUUACCCUUCAAGUUUCUAUCUUUUUUCCCUCUUUCUUCUCUCUCUUUUACCACUACUCUUCUUUCAGCUUUCUCUCUCAUUCUCGCCGUUUCUUUGUUAUUUCCCUUUUUUUUGGGUUUUGUUGUUUUCAUACUUUCUUAAAGUUUCCAUCUUCAAGUGUUGCAUUGAUUCUAUGGGAAUCACUCAAUUCGUGUACUAGAUAGUAGUGGCCGUAUUGGAAGUCUUCUUGAUCAUAUUAUUUCCUGAAUGGAAGACCUUAAUUCUUCUCGAUUUGAAGGCAUAGGGAACACUGUCAGGAAGAAACGGUCCCAUACGUCCAGGCGGCCUCGUCCUGAAUCACAACCAAAUUCAGAUGGCCGUGAUAUAUCAUCCUUGUCCUCAACUCCUCCAUCUGACGAGAUAAAGGCAGGCUCCAGUGAAGAUAACAGUGGCGGUGGCCACAGUUCAAGGAGGAAAGAGCUUAGUCUUAGUCAAUGUGCAUCGAGAUUUCCCGGAGCUAGUGGCGUGGAUAAUGAAAUACCUGUUAGAAAGAAUAAGAAAGUAGAAGUAGGGCUAAAUGAGUUAUACAGUGGUUCUAAAGAUACUAUAGAUCAGGGACGGAGUGGCUCGAAUCACAAAAGAAGCAGUGAAGGAGUUCUUGCCCCUGCUAAUUGGAAACAUGCAAGCAGGGUAAAAGAAAGUCCAGAACCACAGAAGACCAUGGCGUUAAAUCGAAAGACUGACGAGAUCCCAGGUCCAUCACAGGAUGGCUUGGGAAGUGAGAAUAAGGUAAAAAAAGUUAAGCUCAAAGUUGGUGGUGUCACACGCACUAUUGAUGCCAACCCAAAGAGUUCUCGUGCCUUAGAUGCUACUGUUGCACGCCAAAAGACGGCCCAUAAGGACAAUAUAGAAACUGAUAACUCGCCGUCUAGAGAAAAGAAGGGUGGAUUACAGGGAAUUCCUUGGAAGGACUUCUCCAAAGUGGGCUUUACUCUUAGAAGGGAGGAAUCUUCAAUGAAGGGGGUCGGGAAGAAUAGCUCAGGAAAGCAAGGAGACAAAUCUGAUUCAGCGCGUAAAAGCAAACGUGCACCCAAGAAGCGGACAGUUGAUGGUUUUGAUGAUGACGAGGACGACGAUGAAAUUAGAUACUUGGAAAAACUAAAGAAUGCUAAAUUCUUUACUGGAUUGGGAGAGGAUGAUGAAGAAUCUAGCAGAAAGCACAGAAGAUUAUCUAAGUUUUCAGGAAAUAUUCCUCACAAUUCAGAUCUUGUUGCUUCGUCAAGGUUAGGUAAAGAUGGAAAGAAAAGAUCGCCAUCUGGGGACACUGACUAUGAGGAAGAGGAUGAAAUAUCUGAUGGCGAGCCUGAUGGCAAAAAGAGAAAGAAAGCGAGGAAGGAACCUGUUGAAGCACUUGCUGAGCCUAAACGCGAACUAACUCUCACAACUCGUCAAAGGGCACUUCAAGGAAGAGAUGCCUCUGUACCUGGUGGAAGUGUGGUCGAAUUUCCAAAUGGAUUACCUCCGGCACCACCUAGGAAACAAAAGGAGCAGCUUUCAGAAGUGGAUCAACAAUUGAAGAAAGUUGAGGCUGCUCAGAGACGUAAAAUGCAAAAUGAGAAGGCAGCUAGGGAAUCAGAGGCUGAGGCAAUUAGAAGAAUACUCGGUCAAGACUCCAAUAGGAAAAAGCGGGAGGAGAAAAAGAAGAAGCGUGUAAAAGAUCUUGCCGAGGGGAAAGCUGCUGAUGAACUUAUGCGUGCAGCAAAUACUAUCAGAUAUGUUAUGGGACCUAGUGGGACAACUGUUACCUUUCCGAAUGAAAUGGGCCUGCCUAGUAUUUUUGACUCAAAAACAUGCAGUUAUCCUCCGCCACGAGAAAAAUGUGCUGGCCCUUCGUGUAUGAAUCCGUACAAAUAUAGAGAUUCGAAGACGAAGCUGCCGCUUUGCAGUCUCCAAUGCUACAAGGCAAUUCAGGGUAAUGUGCAAAGUCAAGCUGCUACCUGCUGAUCUAUAGAAAUAUGUACUUCCAUGUGUUACUGAACACAUAUCCUGUCUCAGCUGGUUUACUCUUGCAAGAUGUAUAUCACCUGCUCAUAUUUUUCAUAUGUACUAUAUGAAGAGCCAGGCCAUUUGGAGAACUUUUCUCCACCGAACAUGAAAGCAGCGGGCGGUAUUAUGGUAAAUCCACCCACACCAAUUCCGCUAUGUUUUCGUGUUUGGUGGAGAACAAGAGCCAGGCCAUUUGGAGAACUUUUCUGCACCGAACAUGAAAGUAGCGGGCGGUAUUAUGGUAAAUCCACCCACACCAAUUCCGCUAUGUUUUCGUGUUUGGUGGAGAACAAGUUCUCUAUUUAGCCUUUAUACCUUUAGACGCCCACAUCCCCCAUAGAAGUAAAUCCGAAACAAUAUGGUAGUUUUUUUUUCCCCUGUAUGUAUAUCUAUAGAAAUAAUUAGCUAUGUCCAUGAAAAAUUGUGCUGAGAUUUUUCAGCAUAUGGAAUGAAUUGUGUUGCUUUGUCA